GGAAAAAAAAAACAUCGAGAUCUGUUAAUGAGAAUUUGAAGAACCAUUUCGUAUUCUUUGGCAAGCGCCUAAGAGUGAGGGAGGCAUGGGUUGUACGUUCUCAGGUCUAAACGCUCUGUACGACGCCGUUAACGGCGGGGGAGACGUCUGGAUCAACGAAACUAGGUUCAGGAUUUUGCGGCAGCUCGGUGAGGGUGGAUUCGCCUAUGUCUUUUUGGUCAAAGAAGUCAUCACCAACUCCUCUUCUGUUACUUCCGGCGGUCUCGCCAACAGAGUCAAAGAUCCAUCUCAUCUCUCCGAUGAUGGAACUUAUGCAAUGAAGAAAGUUCUCAUUCAAAACAAUGAACAGCUGGAGUUGGUGAGAGAGGAGAUUCGUGUUUCGUCUUUAUUUAGUCACCAAAAUCUGCUUCCGCUUCUUGAUCACGCCAUAAUCGCUGCUAAGAGUAAUCAAGAAGGAUCGUGGAAUCAUGAAGCAUACCUGUUAUUUCCUGUUCAUUUGGAUGGAACCCUACUGGACAAUGCCAAAGCUAUGAAAGCUAAGAAGGAAUUUUUUUCUACCUCAGAUGUUCUCCAAAUUUUCCGCCAGCUUUGUGCAGGACUCAAACACAUGCACAGUUUUGAACCUCCAUAUGCUCAUAAUGAUGUCAAACCUGGUAAUGUUCUUAUUACUAAUAGAAAAGGCCAACCACCUUUUGCAAUAUUGAUGGAUUUUGGGAGUGCCCAGCCUGCAAGGAGGCAAAUUCAGUGUCGUUCAGAAGCUUUGCAGUUGCAGGAAUGGGCAGCUGAACAUUGUUCUGCACCUUACCGGGCUCCUGAGCUGUGGGACUGCCCAAGUCAUGCCAAUAUUGAUGAGAGAACUGAUAUUUGGUCACUAGGAUGCACUUUAUAUGCAAUAAUGUAUGGAGUGUCUCCAUUUGAGUAUGCACUAGGAGAAUCUGGAGGAAGCCUGCAAUUGGCUGUUGUAAAUGCACAAAUAAAAUGGCCAGCUGGACCAAAUCCUCCAUAUCCAGACGCUCUCCACAAGUUUGUUACAUGGAUGCUUCAGCCUCAGGCUGCAGUUCGCCCCUGCAUCGAUGAUAUUAUAAUUCACGUGGACAAGUUGAUUGCAAAAUUUUCUCAGUGAGAUAAUGUGGCAAAAGAUGGUUGAUCAGUGACAUGCAGGUUGACCGAGUAAUCUUCAGCAGAUCGGGCUAUAACUGCAGGUCAUCCAGCACAUAUAUUGUAGUUAGAAGCAGAAACAGAAGUGAAAGCAAUACCAACUCAACAUUAUAUGUUACAUUUUCAAGUAAGCUUGGCACUUGUGAAUUGUUACAAUAUUGUUAGUGUAUUGUUUUUGUGGCAACCAUUUUAUUCAUCGUCUGUAAUUUAUUGAAGUUCAGAUCUCCUGUUGCACGCUCAGACUCAUUAGUGUAGUAUAUAUGUACCAUGCAUUUAAUCA